GCAGCGGCGAUGCCUUUCUCUCUGCUGUUCUGGCUUCCCUUGACCAGCAAAGAGAGGAAACGAAAACGAAACUGCUCUUCGGCACUGCUGCAGCGUGCAUAGAGAACAACCACCUACCACGAAUAUCAUGCCCGGGCGCUGGAGACCUUUGCUGUGGUGGCUGCUCUUUCUACAGUCGGCCUGGACAGCUCCGAGAGUCAAAGUGCCUUCGUCCCCAGUCCGUGCCAGGCCGGGCUCUAAUGCGCAAUUGCCGUGUUACAUCUCAGACUCUUCUGGACCCCUAGACCUUAGCAAACUGGUUGUAGCAUGGAAGAAGGACAACAAAAAUGUUAUUAAGUAUGAGGGUGGAUUAACGGUGAAUCGGCAAGGGGCAGAGAUGACACCCGAGCAGCUGCAAUCAGGCAAUGCAACUCUCUUGCUCCGAAACAUACAGGACUCCGAUGCCGCUGAUUAUACUUGUUUCGUUGUCUAUCAACAUGACAAUGAAGUCGGGGUCGUGGAGUUGAGGGUGGAAGCUCCCCCACAACUAAUGCUCAUCUCCAAAAAGGUGCAGCUGGCCAAGCCGAGUACUGUGAUAUGCAAAGUGUCCGAUUUUUACCCUGGCAAUAUAUCUGCGGAAUGGCGGAAAAACGAUGUGGUCGUGAAAGACCGUGAAUCACUUUUAGUCCAGCACAACAAUGACGGUGCAUUCAGCGCAGAGAGUGUCUUGACGCUCACAGCGCAAACUGCUGAUGCCGAUGCCAACUUCUCCUGCCACGUCUAUCACCAAGCUGUUGAAGGCCUGCUCAAAAUAGACUUUCAGCUGCAGGUGGAAGCUCCCCCAAGGCUUGAGGUGACCAUUGUACCAUCAACGGAGGAUGUCAUGGUGGCUACAUGUCUAGCGAGUGGGUUUUAUCCCAAAGAGGUUGACGUGCAGUGGCUGCGGGACGGGAAGCCACAGCUGAAGUUACAAUCGGAUCACCCACAAAAGGCAUCCAAUGGGACGUUCUCCAUUCGGAGUGUCCUCCUAUCAGAGAAGAGCAACCAUUUAGACAGCUAUGUCUGUAGGGUAAAACAUCAGGCAUUGGAUGCUCCAUCAGAGAAAGCCAUAUACUGGCAGCCAAAAGCUACUUCAUCACCUCCUCCAGAGAUCUGUGCGAGGCUGGUCCCUAUGUUUGUGGUUUUACUGGCAGGAGCAAUUGCGUUCAUAGUGGGGUUUCUUCUUGGAGCUGUAUUCAUGUAUAUGUGUAAAGUCAAGCCUAAAUCAGCCAAUUAUCAAUCAGUUGAGCCUGAACCAGUUUCAAAACCGCAGACUGAAAGCAAGAUGACCACUAAAAAGGAGGAUCAGACCACUCCAUUGGCCAGGACAGACUGUGUAAAUGACACUGAUGUGUCACAACUAUAAUAAUGAACUAUAACUGACAUUUUAAAAUAAUCUUUAUUAAUUCUUGAUAUGCAAAAAAACCAGCAACAACAAGAAAAAAUAACCUAUUCAAUUCCUUAAUAUCCCCAGUUCAUCAAUCCAUCCACACAUUACUAUAUACAGAAGAGGGAAGACAACCAUAAUUUUCCUGAUUAGUAUAAAAAAUAAAAUCCAAUCAUAUAACAUAAAAGGCAUUGUUUAUAACCUGGCUCAAAUGGGACCAAAUAAUAUGAGCCAACUUUUCUGAAAGCAAAAUAUGCUAUAAAUUCUUAUACCAAUUAUCUAAAGUCAUAUUUUGGUUUUUUCCAGUGUUUGGCUAUAGACAUUCUGCCAGCAUUUAACAUAAAUACAAUUCACUCUUUAGAUAAUAAAUCUGCAUUUGCCCCAACAAAUAUAUUUAAUAACGCCAGCUGUGACAAAAACUAAUCUUCAGGUUUGUGAUCUGACUCAUUUCUGUAAAUACUUCUAACCAGAAAGAUGAAACUCCAGAACAGGUCCACCAUAAAUGGAAAUAAGUUCCUGUUAUUCUACAACCGCUCCAACAGAGAGAGAAACUACAGUAGCUUUUAAAAUAUAUGCUAAUUUAGAUGGGGUAACUAUAAUUACACAUUGAUGCAGAGUAUAUUGAUUUAAAUCAAGGUAAUGUAAAUCAUUGAUUUAAAUCAAAUAUCCUGUCUUAAAAUGUUAUGUUUGCUGAGUGACCAUGUGUACUAAGGCCAGACUGUAUAUUAUGGUAAUGAGAGAUGGACUUAAGUAGAAAUGUUCCUUUUUUAAUUAGUGAGAGCUCAGGACCCCAAUCUGGAUAAGGCCAGAGCUUGAGGAGAGGCAGGAUUAAAAUUAGCCCCCUGUGCUGUUUUCUCACGGAAUAUCUCCAUUCCAAAGCAGCUAUAGCUUGUGUGUUCCCACAAGAAAAAAAGUUCCCAUUUUCUCCAAUGAAGACUUUUUUUCUUUUGUGAAUAGAAUGUGUAAGGGGCCCAAUUGUUUGCGAUUGUGGCUGAGUGUUGCGUUUAAAGCCCCUUACCUCCAGAUCUGGGGCUGCAACAUGCUAGUCCCCCAAGAAAAAAACAAGAGUGCCCGGGCUAAUGAUACAACUAACAUUACGUUGAGUUUGGCCCUUACUUGUGUUGGAAAUUCUCUGUGGUAAGAGAAUCCCUUUCUCAUUAUAGCAGAGUGCACAGAGGCACAACACAGCAGAAAUUUAGUUAGGCUUGCGUGUAUACUGAGAGUAAAGUAACUUGGAGCCAAUUCAUAGUUUCAAAUCAAUAUAUAAGGCAUUUAAUAAGGAAUUCCAUUCUAGAUAGGAAAGUGAGGAGUCAGGAUCUCUAAUCUAUCUAUCUAGCUGGAUGCAGAUGGAUUCUGCAUCCUCUCUGCACACAUGGUGCAGGGAGAGAGGCUUGCCAUGUUGCAAGGUAGAAGGACAGGUAGGGAAGAGAGAGAGGAAGGAAGUUGAAUCCCUAAGAGUAGCAAUCUACAUUUCAAAGAGAUAGCAUCAGAGCAGUGGAGUAGGGAUGACCAAUGUCUUGACUCUCUAGCCCUCUGACUUACUAGUCUGUCCUCCACUGUCUGAGACAAAGAGACAGCGCAAAGUUUAACUUCCAACAACUUGGACGUAGUUCUAGCCGCUUUACCUGAAAUGGACACAAUUUGUUCAUUCAGUUAUCACAGAGAAUCCAAAUAAUGCCACUGCCAAAGUUACAUCCCUAUGUUUUCUGUGGUGGAUUUGUGCUGUGCUCACAGCCUGGAAUAGUCGAAUGGCAUGCAGGAUAAACCAUGAAUAUUCACCGCCAGUGUAGGGAAGAGGUCUGGCAUGGGUGGGGAGCAUUGCUCCCUCUAACAGGGAUUCCCAGAUGUUCUUGACUACAACUCCCAUAAUCCCCAAGCAAAAGCCAUUGCAGCUGGGGAUUCUGGGAGUUGCAGUCAACAUCAUCUGGGAAUCCCUGCUGGAGGGAACACUGGUGGGGAGUGGAGCCGAGAAACUGGCGCAGGCUGCAGAGCAGGCCACAGAACUUGUUCCAUGGAGUCAGCAACAAGGAGCCGGAGCCAAGGACACAGGCUUCGGUACUUAUUUCUUAGGUAGGCUUCCCAUAUUCUGGCUUUCCAAAUCCGGGUGCCUAAUUUGCAUAUUAUGUAGAUUGGGUUGAAAAUAAUUUUUGAGCAGAAUAGUGACUGCACAUUUUGCUGUAUAACUCUGUGUUGUUACAAGUUUAGCUUUUUUCCUUUUUAAAUUGAGGUCACUUGAGGAGGACCGUCUCCAGUUACCGCCAGCUUGUCUGUUGGCCACAAGGAGACGGGCCUUCUCGAUUGCUGCCCCGAGAUUGUGGAAUGCGCUCCGUACUAAGAUACGAUCCUCCCCAUCCCGGAGUAUUUUUUAAAAACAUCUGAAGACCCACCUCUUCACCCAAGCUUUUUCAGCUUUUAAAAUUUGUAGUUUUAAUUUUAUACUGUUUGUUUUUACAUUGUUAAACUGUUUUAAGCUUUUAUAUUUGUUUUAAUUGUUUUUAUAUUAUUGUUAACCGUCCAGAGAUGAAUGUUUGGGCGGUAUACAAGUUAAAUAAGUUAAACAAACAAACAAACAAACAAAUAAAUGCAAGCAAGCUGAAAUCUGGGCCAAUCUGGGUGGGCUAAACAAUCUGGGUGAGAUGCUUAAAAUCCAGGUGAAACCCGGAAUUUCAGGGGCAUGGCAACUCUAGCCUUAGGGGACCUUAGGGACCACCUGCUCCUAGCUGAAUUUACCCCCUGACUAGAUCAGCUGGGAGGGCUCUGCUCUGUGCUGACACCUACUGAAGCUCAUUUGUCGAGCACGCGGGACAAGGCCUUCUCAGUGAUUGCCCCCAGCUUGUGGAACUUGCUUGCAGUUGAGAGCCACAUGGCUCCCGCUCUCCUCGCCUUUUGGGGGAAUCUGCCCUUUUUAAACAGACAUUUGCCCAAGGAGUGGCUCCUCGGCUCUCUUUUUUAACUAUUUCUGCAGUUUGUUUUUAGUGAAGUUUUAUUACUCGUUUUAUCUUAUUGUUAAGCACCCUGAAGAGUUCAGAUAAAGGGCAGAUAAAAAAAAUUAAAUACUAGAGAGUGGAGUUCAGAGUCUGAGAGCUAGUCAAGGAGUCAGCAGCAGCUCCAUUGCUACCAGCAGAGUCCCAAGAAGAACUGCAAGAAGAAGCAGCUUAUAUAGGCCAUGACAGGGCCACACUCUUUCCUGCAAGCUGAAGCAACUCCUGAGUAGACCUCUGUCAGUCCUCCUCCCAAGUAGACCCAUCCAGGGGUAAUCUAGCAGUCAGCUGCACGCUUCUGCACCUGCCCGGUGCUGGAGGGUUUCUCGGGUCUUGCUGUGCCUCUAAUGGAGGGUGUUGUGAAAGGCUUCUUUGUCACAUACCAGAGCUUACUUUAUUCCAGUCCUGCUCAACUUUGGCCCCAGCUGUUUUUGGACUACAAGUCCCAUAAUUCUCAGCCACAAUAGCCAAUAGCCAGGAAUUAUGGGAGUUGUAGUAGGCCAAUGUCUGCAGGAGGGCUGAAAUUGAGCGGCCCUGCUUUACUCUAAACCUCCAUUUUGAGCUUGUUUACCUGCACAUUUGCAUUCUCUCUGUGUAUAUUCUGUGUCUCAUACAACCUGUCGUCAGUCAGGUGACUUUGGUGUGUUUCCCCAUGUUGGGAAGCACCUCAACUGAUGCUAAGUGAUAAGUUUCCAUGCAAACUGAUGCUCCUAUUGUCUAAGGACAUGCCACUACCAGGGAGAAACACCUGAGUCUUUAAAUUCAGUGUUCUGACUAAUUACAAUACCAUUCUGCCAGGAUGUCUGCUCAGUCUAAGAGGGAGAUUUUUAAUUAACACAGCUCUACAAAUCUUUCCCAUGCUAGACAGAAAAGACACAUUUUUCUUUAAAAAGCCAAGGUCAGCUUUUCUCUGGUGUUAAGUUAUGUACUUCUUAUGUACUUCUGAGUUCCUGCUUAGGAAAGAGGCUCUUAGCUGAGCCUAGUUCCCCUAGAUAUGAAAGUUUAAACCUAACAACCCUAAUAUACUGGAAUAUUUGUAUUUUUGUUAUAUCCUCUGUGAGGGAUGCACACUUAUAUUUGCUUAUAUAGUUACUCAUAGUCUGUUCUGUGUACUGUGUGUUAUGUUGCUCGUCUUUGACUGUAAAAAGGUUUAUCUAUCUAUCUAUCUUAGCUAAACCCAGCUGCAUAGCUCCAGAGAGUGUGCAGAGAGCGAUUCUGCCUGGCUGGGUAGAGGAAAGCUCCAUUCUCCAUUCAUGAUGCAAACUUUAACUUCUGAAACUUCAGCUUAACUACUAAGAUCUCUGGGCCUCCUGCCUGACACCAUAUGGGAAGAAAAGUACCUUACUUGUAAAUUUUGAAUCUUUGACCUUUUAUCUUGUUUUUUACUGCCUCUAAAUAGUUCCUUUUAUAUCUCUUUGAAUAAAUUAGCCUUUUUAUUACGUUAAA